AUGGCUCAGUCUCCGCAAGGUGGACAGGAUGAGCAUGGUAGCGCUAUCGACGAAGGUAGAGUGAUGGAAACGUUCGAUCCGCAGGAAGAAGAUUCUACACCAGACCCCUCCAUUCUUGCGAAGACUGACCUUCGACAGCUUGACGUGGCCACUGCUCUCGGCCGAGCCCAGGCUCUCGUAUACAAAUACAUGAGCCAACAAUUGGAAGAUGAGCAGACCAACGGCACGCAAGAGGCGGCUAAGGAAGAAUACGACCAGGACCAGGAAAACUCCAAGUCCUCUUGCAAGGACUUGAAGAAGAUCUCAGAAGAUCGUUGCAAAACAGUUGGGUGUGUGUACAACGAGGUUCAAGAGAACGACUCUCAGCACCAGAAGUACAUUGCAGACCUGCAGAGCCAGUUGUUGCAAUUGACGGAACAGAUCAAAGACCGCGGCCAUCAUGUACAGCCACGUCAAGAUAAGUUUUUGUGA